GCGAGCCCCGCCCCGGGCCCGGAGCUCGGGCUGCGCUGAUUGGUGCAAAUGUAAUGGCUGAAAUUGAUUGCUGAAAUGCAAAACUUGUUGCUGCUUCUCCCGGCUCUAGGCGAGAGGCAGACACAGAGAGGGGAGCCGAGACCCUCGGAACGCCCCACGCAGGGCCCCCCCGCCAGCCAGGAGAGGGGUGCGCGGACCCCCCAGAGCUGCCCCCGCCCCCUCCCAUUCCGGGCUCCGAAAGCGCACCCGGAACGCCUUAGCCUGCUAGCCCAGCGUGGCCCCCCAACCCGCAUACGCCCCCCUCCCCGGGUCCGAGGGCGACUUGCGAAGCACCUCGGCGCGGAGGCAGGGAACCUAGCCUUGGAGCGUCCUAACUCCUCGUCUGCUGCCCGCCCGCGCCUGGAACGGGGCUCGAAGAUCCCCGAGAACUCAGAGACCGAACAGCAGAGGACAGAAGCGGCAGGCAGCGGACGUGGCCGCGAAGCGGCGCGCCGGGGUGCAGCGCACCCGCCGCGGAAUAGGGGAGCCGCGCCUUCCACCAACCCUCGGUUUCAACCUCGGGCGCCCGCCGCUCCUCCUCAGCCCGGCUGAGCUCCCGGCUCGGGGGCGGGCACCAGUGAUGCCGAGCGGAGCUUCCAGUCCUCCGACCCGCUGAAGAAGCAGUAGCCGCUUGCUGGGGCCGACGGGGACUGUGCGAGCCGAUCGUGCUUGGCUGAGGCUCCGGCUGCGGAGCGCGGGGACUCCGGGGGGAGGGGGGAGGGACUGCUCGGUCUGUGCCCCGGCGCCAGCCACGGUUUUGAAGGGUCUCCCUGCCUGGCCCUUUAGCAGCUCCGCCACGGACUCCGGGAGGCUUCAGGCAGCGUCCAGGGGCUCCCCAUCCAACCCGAUCGGACUUAAGAAGGUGAUUGCUCUGCUUUCCCUCCCUCCUUCCCGCCUCCUUCCCCCCACUUAACUUUUUGUCUUCAGUCACCCGCAGCUCCGUCCCCUCCCCGCAAACCCACCCGCGGCUGUACCAACCGCCCGGGGCAUGGGCCCCCCAACACGGCUCCUGGAGGCCCCGAGGCGCCGCAAGAUGUGAGAGGCCCGCGUCGGGCAGAACGAGAGCUUCGGGAGAGGAGCUGAUAGCCCCAAGCCUUCACAAGCCAGGCGAGGUGGCGGUCCGCGCUGCGCCCCGGCGGAGCUGAGCGCCCAAGCCAGGGCCGGAACGAGUAGCUGGCCCGAGGCGCGCCGCGGAGAGCAGGCUGUCAUGCCCUAUUGAUCCCCCCGCCCCCCGCCAAGUAUGUUUGGGCUGGACCAAUUCGAGCCCCAGAUCAACAGCAGGAACGCUGGCCAGGGCGAGAGGAACUUUAACGAGGCCGGACUAAGCAUGAACGCCCACUUUAAGGCCCCGGCUUUCCACGCGGGGGGACCCCCUGGCCCCGUGGACCCUGCCAUGAGCGGGCUGGGCGAACCCCCGAUCUUGGGCAUGAACAUGGAGCCUUACGGCUUUCACGCGCGCAGCCACUCGGAGUUGCACGCGGGGGGGCUGCAGGCGCAGCCGGUGCACGGAUUCUUUGGAGGCCAACAGCCGCACCACGGCCACCCGGGAGGCCACCACCCCCACCAGCAUCACCCCCACUUUGGGGGCAACUUUGGCGGACCGGAUCCAGGGGCCUCGUGCCUGCACGGGGGUCGCCUGCUCGGCUACGGCGGCGCGGCCGGCGGCUUGGGCAGCCAGCCGCCCUUCACCGAGGGUUACGAUCAUAUGGCUGAGAGCCAGGGGCCGGAGAGCUUCGGCCCGCAGCGACCCGGGAACCUGCCGGACUUCCACAGUUCGGGCGCCUCGGGCCAUGCCGUGCCUGCCCCAUGCUUGCCGCUGGACCAGAGUCCUAACCGAGCCGCCUCCUUCCACGGCCUGCCCGCCUCCGGUGGCUCCGAUUCCCAUAGUCUGGAGCCCCGGAGGGUGGCGAACCAAGGAGCCGUCGACUCGCUGGAAUACAAUUACCCGGGCGAGCCGCCCUCGGGACACUUCGACAUGUUUUCCCCCUCUGAUUCCGAGGGGCAGCUGCCUCAUUACGCAGCGGGUCGUCAGGUUCCCGGGGGCUCUUUCCCGGGUGCCUCGGCCAUGCCCAGAGCUGCAGGCAUGGUGGGCUUGUCGAAAAUGCACGCCCAGCAACAGCAACAGCAGCAGCAGCAGCAGCAGCAGCAGCAACAGCAGCAGCAGCAGCACGGCGUGUUCUUCGAGAGGUUCGGCGGGACCCGCAAGAUGCCCGUGGGGCUGGAGCCUGGAGUCGGCUCCAGGCACCCGUUGAUGCAGCCUCCCCAGCAGGCCCCGCAGCCCCCGCAGCAGCCGCCCCCGCAGCAGGCCCCGCCGCCCCCGCAGCAGCCGCCCCCGCAGCAGCCGCCGCCGCCGCCGCCUGGGCUUCUAGUCCGACAAAAUUCGUGUCCGCCCGCGCUCCCGCGUCCCCAGCAGGGCGAGGCGGGCACGCCCAGCGGCGGCCUGCAGGACGGGGGGCCCAUGCUGCCCAACCAACACGCGCAGUUCGAGUACCCCAUCCACCGGCUGGAGAACCGCAGCAUGCACCCUUAUUCCGAGCCUGUAUUCAACAUGCAGCAGGCGCCCAACCAGCGGCUGCAGCAUUUCGACGCACCCCCCUACAUGAACGUGGCCAAGAGGCCGCGCUUUGACUUCCCGGGCAGCGCGGGAGUGGAUCGCUGCGCUUCGUGGAACGGCAGCAUGCACAAUGGCGCUCUGGACAACCACCUCUCGCCCUCUGCCUAUUCUGGCCUGCCCGGCGAGUUCACGCCGCCUGUGCCCGACAGCUUCCCCUCGGGGCCACCUCUGCAGCAUCCGGCCCCGGACCACCCGUCCCUACAGCAGCAGCAGCAGCAGCAGCAACAGCAGCAGCAGCAACGCCAAAACGCGGCCCUCAUGAUCAAGCAGAUGGCGUCGCGGAAUCAGCAGCAGCGGCUGCGCCAGCCCAACCUGGCCCAGCUAGGCCACCCCGGGGACGUGGGCCAGGGCGGCCUGGUACACAGCGGCCCAGUGGGCGGCUUGGCCCAGCCGAACUUUGAGCGCGACAGCGGCGGCGCGGGCGCCGGGCGCCUGGGCACGUUCGAGCCGCAGGCGCAGCACUUGGCGCAGGAGAGCGCGUGGUUCCCAGGUCCGCAUCCGCCUCCCGGCGACCUGCUGCCCCGCAGGAUGGGAGGUUCAGGCUUGCCCUCCGACUGCGGCCCGCACGACCCAGGACUGGCGCCGCCCCCUCCGCCAGGUGGCUCGGGGGUGCUGUUCCGGGGCUCUCUGCAGGAGCCGCUGAGGAUGCCCGGAGAGGGCCACGUGCCCGGGCUGCCCUCCCCUGGUCUGCAGUUCGGGGGCAGCCUGGCCAGCCUGGGCCAGCUGCAGUCGCCCGGGGCUGGGGUGGGGAUGCCCAGCGCUCCCUCCGAGCGCCGGCCCCAGCCACCUGAUUUCACGACGCCCGCGCUCGGGGGCCAGCCUGGCUUCCCGUUCGGCGCAGCGAACCGGCAGGCCACGCCGCACAGCGGCCCAGGCGUGAACUCGCCCCCGAGCACGGGCGGGGGCGGUGGCAGCACGGGCGGUGGCGGCGGCGGCGGCGGCGGCGGCGGCGCAUACCCGCCGCAGCCUGACUUCCAGCCCAGCCAGCGCACCUCGGCCAGUAAGCUGGGCGCGCUCUCGCUGGGCUCCUUCAACAAGCCCAGCUCCAAGGACAACCUGUUCGGCCAGAGUUGCCUGGCUGCGCUCUCCACCGCCUGCCAGAACAUGAUCGCCAGCCUCGGGGCCCCCAACCUCAACGUGACCUUCAACAAGAAGAACCCGCCCGAGGGCAAGAGGAAACUGAGCCAGAACGAGACCGACGGCGCGGCCGUGGCCGGCAACCCGGGCUCGGAUUACUUCCCAGGAGGGACUGCUCCUGGGGCUCCAGGGCCCGGAGGCCAGUCGGGGACCAGCAGCAGCGGCUCUAAAGCCUCUGGGCCGCCCAAUCCGCCCGCCCAGGGGGACGGCACUAACCUCUCCCCCAACUACACCCUGGAAUCGACGUCGGGGAACGACGGCAAGCCGGUCCCCGGGGGCGGCGGCCGGGGACGGGGGCGCAGAAAAAGGGACAGUGGUCACGUGAGCCCCGGGACCUUCUUCGACAAGUACUCGGCGGCGGCGGCGCCGGACAGCGGGGGCGCGCCUGGUGUGAGCCCAGGGCAACAGCAGGCGCCGGGCGCAGCCGUCGGGGGAAACUCGGGAGAGGCGCGCGGGGCGCCUACGCCUCACGAGAAAGCGCUCACGUCGCCGUCGUGGGGGAAGGGGGCCGAGCUGCUCCUGGGGGACCAGCCAGACCUCAUGGCGUCCCUGGACGGUGGGGCCAAGUCGGACGGUAGUUCCCCGCACGUGGGCGAGUUCGCCUCCGACGAGGUGAGCACGAGUUACGCCAACGAGGACGAGGUGUCUUCCAGCUCCGACAACCCCCCAGCCCUGGCCAAAGCGAGUAGGAGCCCUCUGGUGACAGGCUCGCCCAAACUCCCUCCCCGUGGGGUGGGCGCCGGGGAACACGGACCGAAGGCACCCCCGCCCCCGCUUGGCCUGGGCAUCUUGUCUACGUCUACCUCGACCCCUGACAGCUACGGCGGAGGGGGCACGGGCCAUCCCGGCACGCCGGGCCUGGAGCAGGUUCGGACCCCGACGAGCAGCGGCGGUGCCCCUCCACCUGACGAGAUCCACCCCCUGGAGAUCCUCCAGGCACAGAUCCAGCUGCAGAGGCAGCAGUUCAGCAUCUCUGAGGACCAGCCCCUGGGGCUCAAGGGUGGCAAGAAGGGUGAGUGUGCCGUCGGGGCCUCGGGCGCGCAGAACGGCGACAGCGAGCUGGGCAGCUGCUGCUCCGAGGCGGUCAAGAGCGCCAUGAGCACCAUUGAUCUGGACUCGCUGAUGGCAGAGCACGGCGCCACCUGGUACAUGCCGGCUGACAAGGCUUUGGUGGACGGCACAGAGGAGGACAAGACGCUGGCGCCCUGGGAGAAGGCCAAACCCCAGAAUCCCAACAGCAAAGAAGCCCACGACCUCCCUGCGAACAAGGCCUCGGCACCCCAGCCCGGCAGCCACUUGCAGUGCCUGUCUGUCCACUGCACAGACGAUGUGGGUGACGCCAAGGCCCGAGCCUCUGUGCCCACCUGGCGGUCCCUGCACUCCGACAUUUCCAACAGAUUCGGGACAUUCGUGGCCGCCCUGACUUGAAGUGACAAGAAAUACCCCCUCCCCCACCAGGCCCUCCCUUCCCCCUUUCUCUCUCCUCUCCCCACUUCACCUGACCCCACCCCUACCUGCCCCCACCACGUGAAUUCGAAAGGGCCACUAUUGCUGAGUGGGUGAUUUUUUUUUUUUUUCUAGGUUGGUACCUGCUCAGUGGCAUAUGGACCGGAAGGGGUUAAUUUAAAGGGGUGGGGGGGAAAAAAAAAACCUCAAAAAUUUUUUUUUAAAAAAGAAACUCGUCUGCCACGGUAUGUUACCAGUGUUAACCCUUCUGCAGUUAGCAGACUUUUGCUGAAGCAUUUUCUUCCUGCUAGAUAAUUCCCAUUUUUUUUUCUGUAAUCUUGGCAUACGUUUUUUUAGAUGACCUCUUUCCUUGUUUUAUUUCCGUGCUGCUGUAUGUCCAAGUAUUGUAUUUCAUAAUAAGACAAGAGUUGCUUUCCUUUUUAAUUCUCUUUUAGUCUUGUUCCUGCCCACCUCCUUUUUUUUUUUCUUCUUUUUUUUCCGUUUUCCUUUUGCUUUGUUCACUGCUUAUUAAAAUGGAAAUCCUGGAGAAUAGGAGUUCUGGAAUAUUGCCGGGUGAGAGUCAAAUUGUCAUCACAAUAUUAUAUAUUGACACCCAACUGUCAUCAGUCAGGCAGGAGCCAAACAAUUAAUGCCCCCCUUAGGUAUUCCGCCUGAGAUUUUGUUUUGUCUGUUCCCUAAGAAAAUAGACGUAUAUAUUUUUGUUCCUACAAACACACGCUCAGCCUUCAGCUCCGUUCUCUCUUUUGCUGGGAGCUGCCUUUCACUGCAAUGGAGGUGAUGACGUGUCCGGCCCGCUUCUGUGGGAAGCAGUUGGAAUAUUCGACUGUGGUGUUUCCUCUCCUUUUCUAGGCCUCUGCACCAACGCCCAGGCCCUGAAUUUUCACGCUGUGCGGAGCAUCCCUGUUCCGUACGGGGAUGGUGGCAGGCUCCCGCUCUGCUCUGGGCCAGGUCGGCUGGGUCUGGGGUGUUGGAGCUUAAGGGUCAGGUCUCAGCCUUGACCUUUCCCACUAUCUGUUGCCAACCAGGCAUCAGGGCAAGAAGGAGUGGUUUCUGGGUCAUCCCCCACUUAUCUCCGUUCUGGGCCGCCCCCACAUCCCUGGGAAGGACCAGCACUUUUUGGAGGAGCUUGUCGAGUAAAGGAGCCCCCAGGCUCUCUCGGCCAAGCCCCCUUUCCGCCUCCCAGCCUGUGUGUCUUCUGUGGAGGAGUUUGCAGACUCCCACGGGCCAGAGAGGAGAGAAAGGGGCUGCAACUAGUGGCUUUGAUUCUUGGGCCUUUUUCUUUUUUUUUAAACCCCAGAAUCCCCCCUCCUGCUUUUGGUGUAAUCUCAGCCUGCUGCAAAACCAGAGCCAUGUCCUGAGCAAUCUCCUGAAGGAAUGACUUCUUUGAGCAGAGGUGAAGGAGCGGCUGGGUGAGCAGGGACCCAGCUGAGGCUUCUUACCUGGUGCUUCCAGAGCAGCGGUCAGCAGAGGCCCGGCGCUGGCAGGGGAGGCUUUCUUUGGGUGCUGCUGAUGACUGCAAAGGGCUUGUGUGAUUCACGGGAGUGGUGGGGGUGGCCCAGAUUCCAGGGUGGGCCAGACAAGAAGUGACUGACACCACGUCACCCAAAUCUGUAACUCUUCUGCUCAGUGUCAAUUUCUGAGCAUCUUACUAAAUGCUCCAUUUUGAGCUUCACACCCCCUCCAUCCUUCCCCCCACCCCCGCCCCAUGUCCCCAGAGUUUGCAGACCCGACUUUUUUUUUUUUUAAAAGCAAGUGACCUGAAGGCUUUGAGCUCACCGUACAACACCCACGUUGUUUAUUUCAAAGAACUUUUUAGCAAAGGGAGAAGAGCAUCCAGAAAAAUCUGGCUCUUUCCACUUCCCCCUCCUCGUCUUUCCUCCUGCUGGCCCUUUUGGCUCGGGGUCUGAGUCUGGACCAUCCGAAGUUCCUGCAUGGGCAGUUUGACCCGGGUUGACCCCGGCCCCUGCAGAAGGCAGGGUGGUGUGGACUGAUCAAAGAGAAGAAGGUGGGAGCUCACCCAGUAAAGGAGAGAAAGGGGCAGGGAAUCUCCCCUCCUGCAGUGGGCUGCAGGAGGGCCAGCCAUAGUCUGAGUGAAACCCCACGCCGCCUCUGAUUCUGCAAUGUACAGCUGUUUGAGAGCUUCAUCCUUUUAUUUCUUAAACAGGAAUGAUUUCUCCUUAAUUGCUUAAGGCCGGGGAGCCAAGUGUCUUGACUUCUGUCUUUGACUUUCCCUGCGUUGAGGCCAUCAGCUCAUGGUCCUGGCAACCUCGGAAACCCCUGAAGUUUUCAACUUUCUCGCUCCCCACGACCCCAGAAUGGAACAGCUUUAAAAAUAGCCUUAAGCAAAAGGAUGUUAUUUCACUAGAUUUGGUUUAAUGGAAAGAAUAAAAGCAAAUUAAAAACACACCCAACCCACAAGACUCCACAAACACUGGUAAUCGGUACUGCAUAGCAAAACUCUUCGGGAAAGAAUAUGAAAAACGUUAUUGCACAUGUAAAAUAUGGAAACUUAACUCUGCUGUGUGUUAGGCAAUCCUGUAAUCUUUUUUGACUCUUAAAAGAAAUUCAUUUCUGAAAUGCUUGGUUGGAAGACUGUGACAAUAGCUCAUGAAAUUGAGUGUUAUUUUUUUCUUUCUUUUUUUAAAAAAAUAUGUAAAGUGCAGUCUUCUGUAUUCAUGCAUAUUGUAUAUACCUGUAUAUGUUUUCCUGAGCAGCUAAAUAACAAUAAAUAUGACGUUAA